CCGCCGGGGCCUGGUCUCCGCCGUUCUAUCGCCGUCAUGUCGGCUGCAAUUGCAGCUCUGGCUGCUUCCUAUGGUUCGGGUUCAGGGUCCGAAUCGGACUCGGACAGUGAGGGCGGACGGUGUCCCCUGCCAGCCGCGGACUCCCUCAUGCACUUGACCAAAUCGCCUUCCGCCAAGCCCUCUCUGGCAGUGGCGGUGGACGCGGCUCCGGAGGUGGCAGUUAAGGAAGAUUUGGAGACUGGAGUUCACCUUGACCCUGCUGUCAAGGAAGUUCAGUAUAAUCCUACCUAUGAGACCAUGUUUGCUCCUGAGUUUGGACCAGAAAAUCCCUUUAGGACACAGCAAAUGGCUGCCCCCAGAAAUAUGCUUUCUGGGUAUGCUGAACCAGCUCAUAUCAAUGAUUUUAUGUUUGAACAGCAAAGAAGAACUUUUGCCACAUAUGGUUAUGCGUUGGACCCUUCAUUAGAUAAUCAAGUAACUACUAAAUAUAUUGGUUCUGUAGAAGAAGCUGAAAAAAAUCAAGGUUUAACUGUGUUUGAAACUGGUCAGAAGAAAAUAGAAAAGAGGAAAAAGUUCAAAGAAAAUGAUGCAUCUAACAUUGAUGGUUUCCUGGGACCAUGGGCAAAAUAUGUGGAUGAAAAAGAUGUAGCCAAACCUUCAGAAGAAGAACAAAAAGAAUUGGAUGAAAUCACAGCAAAGAGGCAGAAAAAAGGCAAACUGGAAGAUGAGAAGCCUGGGGAGGAAAAGACAAUCUUACAUGUUAAAGAAAUGUAUGACUAUCAAGGCAGGUCCUAUCUUCACAUACCUCAGGAUGUUGGUGUUAAUCUGCGGUCAUCUGUGCCACCUGAGAAGUGUUAUCUCCCCAAAAAACAAAUUCAUGUGUGGUCCGGACACACAAAGGGUGUCAGUGCCGUCAGAUUGUUUCCUCUCUCGGGCCAUUUAUUGCUGUCUUGUUCCAUGGACUGUAAAAUUAAGCUAUGGGAGGUUUAUGGAGACAGGCGCUGUCUGCGAACAUUUAUUGGUCACAGUAAAGCUGUUCGGGACAUCUGCUUUAAUACUGCAGGAACACAGUUCCUCAGUGCAGCUUAUGACAGGUAUCUUAAGCUCUGGGACACUGAAACAGGACAGUGUAUAUCAAGAUUUACUAACCGAAAAGUACCCUAUUGUGUCAAGUUUAAUCCUGAUGAAGAUAAGCAAAAUCUCUUUGUGGCUGGGAUGUCUGAUAAAAAGAUUGUGCAAUGGGACAUUCGAAGUGGAGAAAUUGUGCAGGAAUAUGAUCGGCAUUUGGGAGCUGUCAACACCAUUGUUUUUGUUGAUGAGAAUAGGAGAUUUGUGAGCACAUCUGACGAUAAGAGCCUUAGAGUUUGGGAAUGGGAUAUCCCUGUGGAUUUCAAGUAUAUAGCAGAACCCAGUAUGCACUCAAUGCCUGCAGUGACUUUGUCUCCAAAUGGGAAAUGGCUAGCAUGCCAAUCAAUGGACAACCAAAUCUUAAUUUUUGGAGCACAGAACAGAUUUAGAUUAAAUAAGAAGAAAAUUUUUAAGGGCCAUAUGGUAGCAGGCUACGCUUGUCAGGUGGACUUUUCACCAGACAUGAGCUAUGUGAUUUCAGGAGAUGGAAAUGGAAAGUUGAACAUCUGGGACUGGAAGACCACAAAACUCUACAGUCGGUUUAAAGCUCACGAUAAAGUGUGUAUAGGUGCAGUGUGGCAUCCUCACGAAACGUCUAAAGUCAUCACCUGUGGCUGGGAUGGUCUCAUUAAGUUGUGGGAUUAAUGAGAUUAAUCCUUAAACUAUCUAGGAUUAUUUUUGACCCAAUAACCUAUUUAACUAUAUUUAAUUAUUAAAUGUGUUGGAUGAUAACUUGAUUUACAGAUUAUCAUUUCCUUACAUGGCCUUAUAAAGUUGACUCAUUGUUUGAAAAAAAAACUUUGUAAAUUUGGCUCAUGUAAUUUCAUUGGCAACUUUAUUUUGUUCUUUAUAGAUAUUAUUUAUACAGAGAAUGACCAUCAGUUUUCUAUUUGACAAAUAGAUACUCUUGGCAGGCAGCUUUGGGCUUUCCCCAAGACAUACAGAAAAGAUCCCUUUGGAGUCGGGUAAGAACCCCUCGUGGAUUUGGGGUUCUAAAGGCGGUAAUAUAGUUAAUGACAACUCAGAAAGGUACCGUGUACUUCUCUCUUCAACAAAAAGGAAGUAAGGAACAGGGAUGAUAUAAUUUAAUGUGACUGAGAGAAGGAUAAACCACCCACAAUUACUCUUUUAUUCUUGCCAAUGGGUCAGGUUCUAAUCUUUUGGAUUGAGAAGUUCCACUAUUUUUUAUGACACAUGUUGUGUAUUUUUAGUUGUAAGCCAGCAAUCUUCUCUGAUUGCAGCAUUCCUCUAAUUAUUAAACUAAAAUACAAAUCAGCCCAGAGUACUUUCCUUGACUUUCUUCCUGAUCAGUAUAUAGUAAGAGAAUUAUGUUAUUUUUGAAGAUGAAACUCAAGAGAAUGAGUCAGAACUUUGGACUUUAUUUGUAUUUACUGUAAGUAAGAACCUGGCUAUUCUUUCAUAAACCAGGGUCUCUUAGGCCAUUGUUUCACAGAUAUUACUACUGAAAUAUUCCUCUUUGGAGAUAGGGCAAAGAUUAAAAUACCAACUUGUAAUUUCUUUGACAAGUUGUAUGUCUUUAAAAUUAUUCUGAUUUGGUUUGGGAAUAUAUUCAACAGAACUUUUUAAAAUCAGUAAAGUUUUAAACGUCUUUCUAAAUCUUUGAGUAAAAUUGACAACCAGGAAAAUGGCUAGGGUUCCCCAAUUUGAGAAGCAGUGGCUGUGAUUGGGUUUAAAAAUUUGAGAUUGUGAAAUUAAGAUAGCCUCUUGAAUAUAGUAGCUAAUAGCACUUUAGUUGACAAACCAUUUCUCCAGCUUUAUUACAAAUCUGUAUCAGAUGUUUGAAUGUAGUUUGAAAUGUUUCAUUACCAUGCUAGGGAAGAUUGGUCCAUAGCUGCUCAGAGUGCUGACUGGGAGACCAACAUCAUAUUGAGUGAUGAUAUCCUAAGGCAUUAGCUUGGAGUCGUGUGCUAUCAAAGCAGUUCAUACUUCUUGUCCUUAAAAACAUCCAUUUUUAAAAAUUAAUAUCAAAAAAGAAAACUGGUAUAGAUGACCAGGUGCUGUAGCCACAUAAAAGUAAAUGUCAAAGACGAAAAUAGAAAAAUGAUAAAAGUGGUGGAGCCGCAGUUUUGGACACGGAAGCACUCAGAGACGAGAAUACACUGCCUCGCUGCUGCCCUUUCUGCACCUGCCAGGAAGGGUGGCCGCCGUUUCCCGGAGAGGAGAGAAUUCAGACAAGACCUUUACUUUAGUCCCAACCACUGGGUUUCACAAAUGUGAAUUAAUCACAUUUGAUUAAUAAUAAAAGAAUCGUAUAUUUAAACUAUCUUGUUCAGCACCAGUAUUGUGUAUGUUACAAAUCAUUUCUAAAUCUGGCUUUAUUUUAUUGUGUUUUUGACUGUUUCUAAACUAAGCAACUGUGUAUAAAAGUUGUCUCUUUUUUAAAAAAAGAAAUCCUAUUUUUAAAUAAAGCAUUUUUUAUAAAACGUGUUA